AUGAAGUCUUUGAGUAGUGUAGGACUUGGAUUGAGUCUUGUUUUUGGAUGUCUUUUCUUGGCCCUUGUUGCUGAGCUUUACUAUUUGUUAUGGUGGAAAAAGAGGAUUCCCAACAGACAUAAUAUCGAAGAUGGUUAUAGCAGCACAGGAACAGCGGCCAAAGAGUCUUUCUACAAGCUUUGUUGGAAAAAGCCCUCAUCUUUAAGAUCCGCUGCUCUGCAACUGAAUCCACAACAUGUUUGCUCUUCUCAUGAGACCCUUGUCCAUGAACCUCAAGCUCAACAUCAUGGCAAUUCGAACAAGGAUUUAUGGCCCUAUGAAGAAGAUAGUGUGGAGGCAGAACUCGUGAGGAUGCAUAACUUCUCGGGGCCUCCUAGAUUUCUCUUCACCAUCAAAGAGGAAACAAGAGAAGAUUUGGAGUCUGAGGAUGCGAAAUCUAGAGGGGAAAGGAGUAGAAAAGGAUCAAGGAGUAAGAGCUUAAGUGAUCUUUUUCACAUAGUGGAAACUCCUUACUUGACACCUAUAGCUUCACCGCCAUAUUAUACACCCCCUUUGACUCCAGUGAAGUCCUUGUACAAUAGCCAACCUGGUUUCAAUUCAUUCUUUGGGUCAGCUAAUGAAGCAGAGUUCAAUUGGUUGAGGUCUUCACCUUCUCCGAUGUUUCAAUUUCUGAAGGAAGCUGAGGACAAACAAAAAUGA